UGAUAAACAAAGCUAGUCUACGUCACAUUUACGUGUGUGGUGCGUCACUGCUUCUCCCUAACUACCCCCAAGGCACAAAAUUUCCCAAAACAACCCCCAGUGAGAACCAAUAUAGCGACAAGUACCACCAUGAUCAUCUAAUGAACUGGAAAAUACGAGAAUGAGAUGAAAUGAGGAACAAUCUGGAAGCAUAACACCGCUGAGUUUAUUAUUUUUUUUUCUUAUCGUACUCGAGAAAGGGAAAUAAACACGAGGAGUAAGAUGAGUGAGGGCCAGGACUCAGGAGGGAUGGCGGUGGAGGUGACCAACCAGGGUGUAGAGGUGUUCAAGAAGCCCCUGCUGCCGGCGCCCCACAAGAAGAGGAAGGUGCUGGAUGAGGAAAACUACGUCAGAGAGAUGGAAAAGAUCAUAGAGCGAGACUUCUUCCCUGACCUGGACAACCUGAAGGAGAGGAUGGAAUAUAUAGAGGCCAAGGAGAGCAACAAUGUGGGCAAACUGAGGGCACUGUUCAAGAAAUACGCCAGCGAGGGCAACGCGUCGACACUCCGCAGCAUUGAGAACAGCCCGGCCACCUUUGAGACACCAGCAGAGGCAAAGGGCUGCUUCACCCCUGCCUCCCACCGCUCCCAGGACUCUGAUGCUGAGGCUGCCAAGGAGGAGAAGGAGUCAGUGAAGGAAUCUGAGGGCAAGGGUGAGAUGUCCCUGGAUGAGUUCCUGGCGCGACACACCAGUGAGGAUAACGAAAGCUUUGAGGAACUGAUGAAGGAUAAUGAACGGAGGUUUAGACAGAAGCAUGCGUGGAUGUUCGAGGCGGAGGAGAAACACAACAAGGACCACAUACCGAACCUUGCCCUGCCCUCCGCUGAGCAGCAGGUGGAGGCGAGUGUCCUGGCCAUCACCGGUGUGUCCCAGGAGAAAGACACCAGGCCCAAGAGUGUGGAAAACUGGAAAUUCAACACCUUCAAUUCAGUCAUGUUUGUGCCAGAUGGAGUUGACAUGUCCCAGGAUAAGCUGAUAGAGUUAAGGAAGCAGAAGAAACAAGCGAUCAGCCUCCAGAACACCCGCUUUGAUGGCAACCCCUUUACGGAGACCAUGAGUGCAGCGGCCAUGCUGGAGGCCUCGGCGGUGCAAGCCAUUAAGAAGGAGGGCAAGGUUGGGGUGGAUGGCCGAGAUUUAGGCAAGGAGACGCCCCGAGUGAAUGGUUACAACUUUGUGACGGCUCCCUCGCCAGUGCCAGGGGUGGACGCCUCGCCUCUCAUGACCUGGGGAGAGGUGGAGGGAACCCCAUGUCAGCUGGAUGGCAGUCAGACGCCCCUGCUGAAGAAACACACCCAAGGCCCCUCCUACAGGAUACCCCAGCUUCCCAGUCGAGACCGCAUUGGCCACCGGCUUUCAGAACAGGCCAGCCAGAAGCACCGCAACAAGAAGCUGAAGGCAGUGAUGGCCGCCAAGCAGGGCCUCACUUCCCCCAUGAUCAGGUUUGGCUCUCAGUCCUCACAGGAGAGAAUGAUGUCCAUGUCACCUGCUGCUCAGAAGCUUCUCAAGAGCAAGGUCAAGCUGCAGCAUGGGGUAGACAAGGUCCUACAGGCCUCCUACACACCAUCCCCCAGCCUGAGGCGCACCCCGGCCACCCCUGGGGCCACCACACCCAGUUUUGGAGACCUCACCUGUGUGUCUCGAAGCACCACACCCAAAAUGCGGACUCGGACAAAGAGGAUGGCUGCAGUGGGUGCUGAGGAUGCUGAGUUCUCCUCGGGACUCACUGAUAACUUGCUGGACUUGCCAAGGAGAUCAAGAAAGUUAUCACCUCAGGAGGAAAACAGCACACAGCCUCCACCAGCCAACAGGAAUUGUGCUGCUGACUUCUUUUAGCAGGUCAUGUGUGUGUGUGUGUGUGUGAGUGUGAGUGUGUGUGUGUGUGUGUUGGAGUGUGUUGUGUCUUCUAUGUGAUGGCAGUGAAUGUAAGGAAGGAAAUUAUACUAUGUAUAUCAUCCAUCAAAUAAUUAUGCAAAUUAACAAAUAGCAUCAGUCUUUGAUUUCAUUGUACCACUCAUUAUUAAAUUUUUUUUCAAUUACAUACUAUUAUUUUUGUC